CCUUGUCUGUGGCAGCUGAAAGUAGCGCAUGCUCUCCUCAAAGGUGACCAGGAUGUCCUAUGCAUUGCAGGCACAGGGAUGGGUAAGACCCUUGGCUGCUGGAUUCCAUUGCUGUUUCACAUCAAUAACAUCCAGCUCAUUGUCACUCCACUGAACCUACUGGGAAAACAAAAUGCAUUAUCUCUUGCGAAGGCUAGCAUCCAGGCCAUUGCUAUCAAUGCAGAAACUGCUAGC